AUGCUGGCUCUGUACGUGCUGUCAUUCCUAGAGCCCAAGGACCUCCUCCAGGCUGCACAGACGUGCCGAUACUGGCGCAUCCUGGCAGAGGACAACCUGCUGUGGAGGGAGAAGUGCCGGGAGGAAGGCAUCGACGAGCCACUGCCUCCCAAGAAGAGAAAAGUGGUCAAGCCUGGUUUCACGCAUAGCCCCUGGAAGAGUGCCUAUAUCAGGCAGCACCGGAUCGACACCAACUGGAGGAGAGGGGACCUGAAAUCACCCAAGCCUGUAAUCUCCUCCCCGUCUGCGUGCUUGCACCUGCCACACGGUGACGCAGAGCAAAGCAUUUGA